UUUGGUGUGGCGGCAGCAGCUCAUUUGGUGUAGUGGUAGUAAUGGAUUCUGCUACUAAUGCUGCUGCGGCCGCCAGAGUGAAGGUUUUAGGGUCUGGGACUUUUGCAUUUAGUUCAAUUCAGAGAAAGAGUUGAUGGUACUGAAUGCAAAGAUUUAAUGCUUUAGGAUUUUGAUUGAAAGACAAUGAAUUGCUUAAAUCUAACAACGUUGAUGUCCUCAAAAUCUUGUCUUUCUAGCACUAGUCUACUCUCUUGUCACUCUUCUACCAACCCUUUUCAGCUUCCAAGAUCAUCUUCAAGAUUCUCUCACGUGACCCCAAUUCACUGUGGUCUUCGAGAGCUUAGGAAUCGUAUAAAUUCAGUGAAAAACACACAGAAGAUCACUGAGGCUAUGAAGCUUGUUUCUGCUGCUAAAGUGAGGAGAGCACAAGAAGCUGUUGUUAAUGGUAGGCCUUUUUCUGAAACUCUUGUUGAAGUGCUUUAUUACAUUAAUGAACAGCUUCAAACUGAGGAUAUAGAUAUGCCUUUAACUAAUAUUAGGCCUGUCAAGAAAGUUGCUCUUGUUGUGAUUACUGGUGACAGAGGACUUUGUGGGGGUUUUAAUAAUAAUAUAAUCAAGAUAGCAGAAGCAAGAAUUGCUGUAUUGAAGAAUCAGGGAGUUGAAUAUACUGUAAUCAGUGUUGGAAAGAAGGGUAAAUCUUAUUUUAUUCGUAGGCCGCAUAUUCCUGUUGAUAGGUUUCUUGAAGGAAUGGGUUUUCCUACAGCCAAAGAAGCUCAAGCAAUUGCAGAUGAUGUUUUUUCACUGUUUGUUAGUGAGGAGGUUGAUAAAGUGGAGCUUUUGUACACGAAAUUCGUGUCAUUUGUUAAGUUUGUUCCUGUUAUACAAACCUUGCUCCCGUUAUCACCGAAGGGAAGGAUUUGUGAUAUGAAUGGUGUUAGUGUUGAUGCAGACGGGGAUGAGUUCUUCAGGUUGACUACAAAAGAAGGGAAAUUGGCCGUGGAGAGAGAUGUUGUUAGGACUGAAACGGCAGAGCUCUCUCCAAUUUUGCAGUUUGAGCAGGAUCCAGUUCAGAUUCUUGAUGCCCUGUUGCCUUUGUAUUUGAACAGCCAGAUUUUGAAGGCAUUGCAGGAAUCACUAGCUAGUGAGCUUGCUGCUAGAAUGUGUGCUAUGAGCAAUGCAACUGAUAAUGCUGUGGAAUUGAAGAAGAGCCUUUCAAUCAUUUACAACAGGGAGCGCCAGGCCAAAAUUACAGGAGAGCUAUUGGAGAUUAUUGCUGGUGCCGAUGCCUUAACCUAAUGAAUUCAUCAUGUUAGUCCCUAUACAACUCUGCUUCUCUCCACAAUUAUGCUUCUUUGGAGGUAUAAUUCAAGGGUGAUUCCAUAAUCAUUCAAAUAUGCUUUGUUUUAAAGAAGUUAUUGAGACAAAUGACUUUUUUUUUCCUUUUGUAACUCUCAAACUACUUGUAACAGCUCUGUGCACUAUAAGAAAUGCAAUGUCUUUUAGAACUGAA